AUGAGUCUGUCUACGCACCUAGUUCGUCGUGGCAUGGAAGCUGCCCACCGUGGUAUGGUGGCAGCCACAGCUGGGUCGGACCAACCAGCAGGAGGCGACGCUCCUCGAGUUUCACCUCUGGCUGGCAUGGUCUUUAUCCUUUCCAGUCUGAUUUUCCUUGUCCUUCUGUUUUCUGUUGGUUAUACCUACGGCCACUUGCUGCCCAUCUUGUGCAUGGUUGAGAGCCCGGAAACCGAAGCCUACGUUCCUGUUGGCACUAUAGAACCAACAGACCCUCCGGCUUACUCGGCGACCCCUGCUCCCAAGCCCGCACACGGACAACCUGACGGCCCGGAAGACGAUACGGAUGGCGAUGCAGAAGUUCUCCUCGUCCGCAACAAGCCCUUCACGGCCUCGAUCCGCCAAACAAUCCUGCACCUCCGAGCUCGAGCCGGCUACUGGUCUCGAUUCCGCGGCUUGUCCAUGUUCCUUGCCUGGAAUAUGGUCGGUGGUUUCCUGAUCUCCAUCAUUGCAAACAUCUUUCCCAACCGCCUAGGGAUUGCCGUUGCCGCCAUUAUUGCCGAAACUGCCCUUGCCACCUGGCAUAUGGCUUGGGUACACAUUGUCAUUUCGGAGCCCAGCGAGAAGAGAUGGUACAAGCGUAUUCCUACUCUGCGAACCUGGCCCAAAAUAGCCCCGGCUGUUGCAUUAUGGGCGACUACCCACCAGGUCGUAGCCAUCUUGCCCAUGUUGGUCUGUGGUUCAUUUGGAUCGCUGAAGCAUAUGGACAAUCCGGACUACAAGCCAGGCCGCAAAGAUCUUUAUGCCGUGGGCGGCCAGGGAAUUCUAGGAUUCUCGCUCAUGGUUGCUCUAUUCGUGCUCCUCCAGAUCCCCGCCACCGUCACCUUGGUCCGAGUUGCAGCGUCCAUGCUCCCAGAGGAGGACGAAACCAUUGUCCCAUUUGACCGCACAUUUGGCGGGAAGACAACCCCCGCAAUCAUCGGUGGACAAGGCAAGAUCGGCUUAGUCGAGGCGUGGAGAAGCUUCUCCUGGGAGAGUCGAAUGCGGUUGCUGAGGUUGAUGGCCAAGGUGACACUCAUCUUCCUUGCUUGCUGGCUCCUCUUCACCAUUGUUUUGGUCGCCGAGGCUCACAUCUUGUUCGGGGACAAGUUGGGUGAGAUGAUGAAGACGGUACACGGCAUCGCGCGUGCUCAUCAGUGA